AUGAAAAUGCAUUAUUAUCCUUUGGCUUCUCUUACAACUGAUGAUUCUUUGAAACAGUUUAAAUAUACAGUUUUUGAAGAUUUCGUCAUAAGAACCUUUGUGGAUGAAAAUGUCAAAUAUUCAGUUGUAGUUGAAUAUUUUUCCGUUGACAGAAAUUCUCAACAAUUAAGUUGGCUUAAACAUGGUGAAACCAAAAUUUCAUUGCCAUAUGAACGAUUUAAUUUUAAUUUUGUUGUUAUUUCAUUGUUUACUACAAGCGACAUUGAAUUUGCAAUUGAUUCAAAUAAGACUUAUUUCCAAUUACAUCAAAUUGGGAAUGAAGCAGAAUAUUGGGAAAUUCAAUUGGAAAAUUCUGAACUAUCACCCAAAAAAUCAUUUUAUGGCAAUAUUAUAUUUGUAUACCAUGACAUUUCAACAAAUCAUUCUGACAUUUUUGAUUCAUUUGAGGCAAAUUACAACACUUACAUAGUUUUAUGGCAACCAAAAUUAUCUUGUAAUGACAAGUACAUACUAGAAUUGUCAACAAAACAUGUCUAUGGUUUCACACUACCACACAAUCAUUAUGAUGACUUGUAUAAGUCAUUAAGUGUAAUUUAUAGCCCAUUGUUCAAUGAUUACAUUAAAGCAUGUUUAUUUGAAAGUCCUGAUAAAUCAGAAUCUACUUUUUUACCAACAAUUCCCGAGUGUUAUCUGAGAAUCAUGACCUGUUUGUCGUUUUCUGAUGAAAUAACCAAUGAAGAAAUUGUUUGGCUAGGCACUUCUCAAAAUCAAGUUAUAUGUUUCAAAAAUAAUAAUAAUCAGCAAUACAUAAGUCCAAAAUGGUGUGUGGAUGUCAUCAGUGUGCCUAAAAAGAUAACUGAAGUCAAGAUAAAUGUAUCGACUAUAAAUACAGAUUUCAUUGCAUUAAUUAUCCAAUUGGAAAAUGAUAAUCUAAUAAUUAUGAAUUCUGAAAAUGGGAUGAUCUUGCAUG